AUGGAAUACAAGUGCUUCGGAUCUCUGCUCAUCACUAUCUUUCAUCUUGAUCACAAGUUCCCACGAAAUGACUCUACACAGUACCAGGAUGGAGCGGCCGGCUGGCAUUUACAAACUGUCAAAAGGCAUUGGGCGUCAAGGCUUUUCCCUCGGUCGAUCUCGUGCUUAGUUAUUGCCCGCGACGCGGGAUACGAUGUCCUUUUCAUUGACCUUGAACACAGCCAAAUUUCUCUCGAAUGCGCAUCUCACAUAUGCAAAGUGGCAAAAUUGGCCGGGUUGCUCCCGCUUGUUCGCAUCCCCGAUGAAUCUGGGGAUGGUUUUGUUCAGCGCGUCCUUGAUGGAGGUGCCAAGGGAGUAAUCUUCCCCCCCAUAUUUGUAAUGCAGGGAACCCGUUCGAUUACCCCCUCGCUUCUUCCGGGUGGCGGGCAGGGUUUGACUCCAGAUAAUAUAGGGAAGCUUCUGGAGAAGGACGAAGCAUUCGCAAUUGCCAUGAUCGAGAAUAAGGAAGCACUUGACAAUAUCGACGAGAUCGCAUCUGUUCCUGGAUUGGAUUUAAUGCUGGUCGGGUCCAUGGAUAUGACCGCUGACCUGGGUAUCCUAGGGCAGUGGGACAACCCAUUGUACCAGACUGUUCUGCAGGACGUCUCUGCCGCUGCUCAGAGAAAUGGAAAGCUGUGGGGAAUGUCGGGACUAUUCGGCAGACCGGAUAAAUUUAAGGAUCCAAUUCAAAGACUUGGGGUAAACCUUGUUGUCGGCGCGAUAGACCGAGGUCUCGUUUUGAAUGGCGCCAAGGCAAAUGUGGAAGUAUUAAGACGCAGUGAAGCCAAUUCAAACGACUAA